AUGCUAUUGAUCAGAGGAAGGAGCAUUACUAGGGAGAGGGGGGGAGAUAUGCUCAGAGGCGCGGCCGGCCGUUUGGGCGGGCGAUGCGUGCGUCCGGGGUCAAGGGCGGGCCCAUUCAGAUCGGAACACGUGCCCCAAAAUUACAACGCCGCCCCGCUGUUCGCCUCGGAAAACGCCUCCAGUGAAGUGUGGAGCGCGGGCGGCGGGGGCGGCGCGACAGCAUGCGGUAGCAGCGGCAUGGACCUGAAACACGAGGUGGCGUACCGGGGGAUCCCCAGCCAGGUGAAGGCAGAGCCGGGAGUGAGUCACAACGGUAUCCCGAACGGGCAUAGAGACUGGAUGGCGGGGGGCGGCUCUCCGUCGCCGGCGCAGGCGCAGCCGAAUGGCUACUCGUCACCACUGUCCUCGGGCAGCUACGGACCGUAUAGCCCCAAUGGAAAAAUAGGUAAAAUUCGUAAAUUU